CGCUAACGCCAGGGGGUGUUGGUUUUCAAAUUCCUUGCAAGAGACUGUUUCCAUAACCUUUUUUUUCUAAUGAUGAUCACAAAUGUGAGCGAAAAUACCACUUAUGCAGAUUUUUAUUUCAACCAUCUUCUAAAUAAUCAAUUAUGCAUAUUUGAUUCUUGGCUUACUAAAGACUGGUUAGCAUGUUCUUCAUGGCGUAACUGUGAUCAUGAUGCUGCGGAUGAUGAGGAUGACGGACGCAUUGAUUUAGAUAAUUUAUUUAAAUAUAUUUCAGAUAAAAAGUUAUGUGUAGCUGAUUGUUCUGUAAUUGAAUUCGAUACACAUCCUACACAUGAAAUCAGUGUUAAUGAUUUCUGCGUGUAUUGGAGAAAUAAAAUUCAAGGCAACGAUGAUCGUAUUCUUUACUUAAAAGAUUGGCAUUACUUUCAGUGUAAUACAGACAAUAAUCAUUGGUUCAUCUUGCCUAAAUACUUUUCAUCGGAUUGGUUAAAUGAAUUUUGGGAAUUUCGAAAUGAUGUUACAGAUGACUUCAAAUUUGUAUACUUAGGCGUCAAAGGGACAUGGACACCAUUACAUGCUGAUGUAUAUCGUUCAUACAGUUGGUCUGCAAAUAUAGUCGGUCACAAACGUUGGUGGUUCUUCCCUCCUGGAGAAGAAAAGAAACUUCUAUUACCAAAUGGAAAGUUACCUCAUGAUAUACGUUCCAUUAAAAUAAAUAACGAUGUGAAAUAUCACAUUAUUGAUCAGUAUUCUGGGCAAGUAGUUUUUGUCCCAUCUGGAUGGUAUCAUCAGGUUGUAAAUAUGACAGAUUGUAUUUCAAUCAAUCAUAAUUGGUUCAAUGCUACAAAUGUGCAGUGUGUUUGGGAUCAUUUAAAGGAUCAGUUAGAAGCUGUUGAAGAUUCAACUAAAGAUGUUUGCUCAAUUCCUGGAUGGCAUGAAGAAUGUCAGACUUGUUUACGUGCACUAGCUGGAAUAAAUUUCAAAGAAUUUUUCACCUUAUUAAAGUAUAUUUUGAUUACUCGUUGGCCAAGAAAUCAUCCUGAUGAUGUGAAUAAAUUUAUCAAGAAAUGUAAAUCAACACAGUAUACCUCCUUGGAUGAUAAUAUACUCGACAGUGUGAUGGAUUGUGAAUUGUCUGCUUUAAUUGAAACAGAUUCAAGCAUAUUUUAUACUGUAUUGAAAAAUCCUGACUAUUGGAGAGAAUAUUAUGCUGCGGAGACUGUGUCUAAGACUGAUGACGACACAGUAAACUGGAUACGUAUGCAUGAUUUUUGUGUUGUCAUACAAAUUAUUAAACAGUUUGUACAACAUCGUAUUGUAAAAGCUCUGAAACUUUGUCAUAGUGGUGUGCUGCAAUCAUUUUGGGAUAAUUUUUAAGUCUAUUUUUAAUACUAUUUAUUUUGUAAAACGUUCAAUUGUAUAUUCAGUGUGUACUGCAGCUUUUCUCUUGACAACUGGCAAGGACGAGCGAAAUAAAAUG